AUGUCCGUCGAAAAGGAAAUCAUCAAGCAACUCAACAGCCAAACAACCGAACAACCAAAGCAACCAAACAACUCAACUUACACACUCAUCCACCACUCUCCAAACAACUUCUUCAACCACUCCUCAUCUUUCAGGAACACCUUCAUCCACACUUCGAUCUUCAAGAACACUUCCUUCAAAACCACAUUCAAAAUGCAGUUCACUACUAUCAUCAUCUCCCUCGCCAUGGCCUUCGCCACCUCCGUCGAGGCCAAGAAGGGUCUCCACGGCAAAGGCUUCACCGGCGACGGUGUCCUCGGCGCCGGUGCCCAGCUCAUCGGCGGCAUCAUCGGCAGCGCCGUCGGCCGCCGCGGCAUCCACGAGCGGCGCCAGACCGACCCUCUCGACUCUGUCCCUCAGUACAACUACGACAUGUGCCACGAAUCUCUCAACGGUGCUACUCUCUCCUUCACUCCUGCUGGACCUGGCGGUUUCCAGGUUGCCGGUGUUCCUUCCACUUGCAUGGUUCUCGCUACUGCUUUGACUGGCAGCUUCAACGCCGGCUUUCCUAUUCCUCUUGGUGCCGACUCUCUCAAGUUCAGCGGCCUUACCGACGAGGAGAUGAGAGAGCUCCAGUCUUACUUCCACUAG